CGAAUACAACUCUUUGUUGCAUUGAAUUUUCUUUGCGAGUUUUGCAUACCUAUUUGCGAAUUUAUCCAUCUUCGUACAUAAACAAAACUGUUCAAGAUGAUAUCAUACAUCACAGUACUUUUCUUGAUAGGAUUGGCAGCUGGCGAUAGUGAUCUUAAGCGGACAAACGCUGGCGUGAUUUUUAAAUCACGAGGAACAAUUCAGAGUUCGUCCAGCGUUUGGUACCAUACCUUCGCAUUAGAUCUGCCGACACUGCCAAACAAAUGGCUGCAUUACCAAAUGGCGGAUCCUGGUAUGCCUCCAAUGAAGUGUACAGGAAACCCGGGUGACAGUGAAUGCAGCAUGUCAGCAAUGUCGAUGUCAAAUUUCAUUAUUUCAUUGAAUGCAGAGGUUGUAAAGACGUUUGAUCAUUUAUUGGACCUGACCAGAACUCUCAUCCCAAAACAUGUAUCACCAGAUCAAAAGAGAAGAAAAUGGUUUGCCCCACUCUCAAUUAUUGGUUCGAGUUCGAAAACAAUAUUUGGAACAGCAACCGUAGAAGAUGUUGAGACGGUUUCUUCCAAUAUCAACGAAUUGAUCAGAUGACAGAGACUUACUGCUAAGACCAUGGUUGCCCACGAAAGGAAUUUCCAGUCAUUUGUUAAGUUGUCUAGUUCACCUUUUAAUGGGUUAAAGAAGAAAGUUUCUGAUAAUCACGAGGCUCUUAAAAUGAUAAAGAAUCUUGAAAUAAAUAAUACUGACACCAUCAACCGGGGAAUAGAUUUACUUGAAAUUGCAAUGUUUCAGAUGAAUAGAACAAAUUCCAUCAUUCACCACCUUCGCGAUAUUGGGCAAGCUAUUGAACAACUGGUACAAGGUUAUCUCUCACCUUUACUCGUUUCAGGGAAAGCCAUCAGAAGUGUCGUCAAAGAGAUCAACGACAAGAUCAUCGACAUGACGAAUACAAAAGAUCACGGUGUACUUUCUGACUACGGUUUUGGUCAUCAUAACUCUUUUUUUUGUCAAUUGCAAGGAAAUACAAUAUUGAUUACUCUUAAACUUCAGGUAGUACCAUUGUUAGGAAAGACACAUCUCUACCAGGUAAUGGUGUAUCCAGUUCCAACAACCAAACAAAGUAGACAUGCAACAAAGAUAGCAGGUCUUCCAGAGUAUGUUAUAAUUUCUGACGAUUACGGAGGUAGGAGGUAUUCACCAAUUACACCUGUUCAAUUGUCUAACUGCAGAGGGAUUCAUCAUGUGGUAUGUCCAUUUAAUUUAGUUUACACAACAGUUUUAAAGGAAAACUGUCUUACAUCCCUCAUUAAAGAUUCUUCAGAUAAAAUAGCAAAGUUUUGUGAUUUUAGGUACUUCCGUGACCAUCUGGAGCCGUCCAUAGAGCCGAUAUCGGACAACAGCUUUUCGGUGUAUGAUAUCCCCAGGCUCUCACUGAAUAUAAGAGGACAUACCGAAGAUGUCGAAGGCUGCCAUCUUUGUAUUAUUACCAUACCAUGCCAUGCCAGAAUCGAGACUUAUGACAUGACCAGUGACAGAGUGCUUUCCCAGAAAUGCAAUAGCGAGGAGACCGAAGUGACACGCGAUCAUCUUGUAAACUUGGCGAUGGUAAAGGCAUUCAUUGCAGAAAACAAUCAGCUUGGAUUUACAGCAUCAUCUGUCUUCAGUAAAGCACAGGAUGUUAAAGUACCCAAAUUUGACUUUUUCGAACACCGCUAUCAUGAAUUCCUUACGACCGACCAGAAAACGAACCUUAAGCUGAACAAGAUGGUAGAAGCAUCAAAAAGACAGGAAAAAAUAUUUCAAAAUAUUGCAGAACCCUUUAUCAAAGCUAGUGAAGAAAACGCCACUUGGUUAACCUCGAGUCUUUCCGUUGGAGAUAUUGUGGUAAUAAUAUGCCUUAUUGUUGGGACAGUGGUUUUCAUACGACUUAUUUUUAUUGUGAAGAGAUUGGGAGCAAUUAUUGCUGUUAGUACAAAAGGCGAAGAAGCAUAAUGAGAAUCUACAAAAUUAGACUCUACCAUUCAUGGCAUGAUAAAGUCUGGAGAACAAUAUGAAAAUCUAGAACAAAAGAUCAAGACGAUAACUAAUAUAUGUACACAUAUUAUACAGAAACUGAGGCAUUCUAACCAAGGAACACUAAUGAAGACUAGGAAAAGAGUAAGAUUUUAGUUAUUGAACCAGUUAUAGGCUCUUUUGUUCAGAAAUAUAAACCUGAUUAUACUAUAAACAAUAAAAAACAGAUAGCUGACCAAAUAAAAAGAAUUUUAUCUAAAUAUUAACCCACAAAGGAUGAGUCACACCUGACGUAAUUAAUUAAUGUUGUGGCUGUAUUUAUAAUUCUAUUUUUCUUUACUGAUAGUAGAUAUGUUCGGAAAUAUAUGAGCUAUUAUAUAAACAAUAUAAAAUCAUUAUAUGUGUAUUUUUGUAGUCAGAAUGAGAAAAAAGUCAAGUCACGGUACAAGUAUUUCUGAAUUUGCCGCUACAUUUAUAUAUAAUAUUCGUUGAUAACGGUAGAUUAUGAAAAUAAACUUUAUUAUAACAUUUUUCAACCUAUGUUAAAGUUUUGUACAAAAAAAAUAAUGUUUAACACCCUAGGACGAAAUAUAGCAGCACAGUCAUAAAAAUAAGGAGGCCCGCUAUGAUAUUUUCGGAAAAAUACAUCACACCUGACGUAAUAAACUAAUGUUGUGGCCGAAUUGAUAAUUCUAUCUCUCUUUAUUGAUAGUAAAUAUAUUUGGGAAUAUAUUAACUAUUAUAUAAACAAUACAAAAAACAUUAUGUGUGUAUUUUUAUAGUCAGAAUGGUAGAGAAAUAAAGGGACGGUACGAUUGUAUUUUAAAUUUUCCGACAUGUUUUUAUAUAGUAUUGGUUUAUAACAAUUAAUUAUGGAAUACAAGUUUAAUAUAAUUUCACAAUAUGACCCUGAUUCAAGUAUUAACUUUAAUAGUAAUUAUUAAGAAAACUAUUGACCUUUACACUUCCACAUCCCCGGGGGGUGUAACUAUCAGAAUGAGAGAAAAAAAUCAAGGCACGGUACGAGUAUUUCUGAAUUUGCCGGUUAUAUGUAAUAUUCGUUCAUAACGAUAAAUUAUGAAAUUAAACUCGUUAUAAUAUCAUUUUUCGACUUUGGUUGAAUUAUUUGUACAACAUAAACUAAUGUUCAAUACCCUAGGUCGUCAUAUAGCGGCACAGUUUAAAAACUACGGAGCCCCACUAUGAUAUUUUCGAAAAAAUACAUCACACCUGACGAAAUUAAUUAAUGUUUUGGCUGUAUUGGUAAUUCUAUCACUAUUUAUUGAUAGUAAAUAUGUUUGGGAAUAUGUCAUUUUUGAG